AUGUUGAAUUAUUCUCUCGCAGGAUGUUUUCCACUUCCCUGUGCUAACAAUGCGACUUGUACUGUUGUCGAUACAUUUGAUUACACAUGUAAAUGUCCAGAUGAUUUACCAGUCGGUGGUAAAAAGUGUGACCAAUUACUCGUACCACAAAAUCCCGAUGUUCCUAGAGGAGACUGUGAAGUAAAUCCGUGUCAAAAUGGAGGCUAUUGUGAGCAUGAACAUCACAAUAUCCAUGCAUGUCAAUGUGCCAACGGUUAUUGGGGAAGAUUUUGUGAACAGGCACAUCCAUGUAUAUCAAAACCAGGACUAUGUAAUGCGGGCAAAUGUAUUGCUCUCGAAAACAAUCUUUUCCAUUGUCAUUGUUCAUCCGGUUUUAAUGGAGCCUUGUGUGAAAACCAAAUUGUUGGACAAACAAUUGUGAAAAAAAAUGUUUGUGAUUCAAAUCCUUGUCGAAAUAAUGGCUACUGUCGUCCAUUAGUUGGUAAUAAAGAUUUUCAAUGUGUAUGCUCAAGUAAUUUUACCGGCAAAACGUGUGGUAAUCUAAGCUCAUUUCAACUUUCGUUAAACGACAAACUUUGUCUUUUGGAAAAGAGUUGUCGACAUGAACCGAUGAUUGGUCGUAUAUGUUCGUGUGAUCCAUUUUACACCGGAAAAUAUUGCGAAGAACGCAUGCCUGAUCCAUGCUCAUCUCAUAUUUGUCUCAACGGAGGAUCAUGUUAUUCUACAACCUAUGGAAUAGCUUAUUGUUUAUGUUCAACAGACUACACAGGAAACAAUUGUGAAGCCUUUCGAACUCGCGAUUGCAGCUCGUAUUUUUGCAUAAAUGGCGGUCUCUGCACGAUGAAUAACAAUAGACCAGUAUGCCUAUGUGCUCCAGAUUUUCAAGGAGAUUACUGUCAAAUUUUUGCGCCAGUUGCCAAUUAG